CUGACCACAGCACCCUCUGCUGCCCGCUGGGACUAUCUACAAGUCACAAUGCAACCUGCAAUGAUGAUGUUCUCCUCCAAAUAUUGGGCUAGGAGGGGAAUGUCUUUGGAUUCUGCCAUGUCCCCUGAUUUCUUGAGCAACUCAACACGUGACAAAUUGAAUGCUGUGAAAAUUGAUGAGAACAAAUGUAGCAAAACCGAACCAGCUGCUGAAAUAGAGAAAACAGCAGUUGUCCUCACUUUGAAAAAUGAAGUUGGAGGUUUACUACAAACUUUAAAAAUCUUUAAGGAAAAAUAUGUGAACAUUAUUCACAUAGAAUCAAGAAAGCCCAAAAAUGGAAGCUCAGAGGCUGAGGUCUAUGCCGAAUUUGAAUGCACGAAGAAAAAGGCCCAGGAAUUAAUUAAUCUAUUAAAGCUUCAACCAAAUGUAAUCUCCUUGAAUCCUGCAGAAAGGAAAUGGAGAGAAGACGAAGAAGAUCUUGAUGGAGUCCCUUGGUUUCCAAGAAAGAUCUCAGAACUUGAUAAAUGUUCCCACAGAGUGCUCAUGUAUGGUUCAGAAUUGGAUGCCGACCACCCUGGAUUCAAGGACAAUGUGUAUCGUCAAAGAAGAAAAUACUUUGUGGAUGUGGCCAUGAGCUAUAAAUAUGGACAUCCAAUUCCAAGGGUGGAGUAUACAGCAGAAGAAAUAAAGACAUGGGGCACAGUGUUCAGAGAACUUACAAAGCUUUAUCCGACUCAUGCGUGUAGAGAAUACUUGAAGAACCUGCCUCUGUUAACAAAAUUCUGUGGAUACAGAGAAGAUAAUGUACCACAGCUGGAUGAUGUUGCCCGUUUUUUGAAAGAAAGAUCUGGAUUCACUGUGCGACCUGUGGCUGGAUAUCUCUCCCCUAGAGACUUCUUAGCAGGGCUAGCCUAUAGAGUGUUUCACUGUACCCAGUAUAUCAGACAUGGAUCAGAUCCGCUCUAUACACCUGAGCCGGACACCUGUCAUGAGCUGCUUGGCCAUGUUCCAUUACUUGCUGAUCCAAAAUUUGCCCAAUUUUCACAAGAAAUUGGUCUUGCCUCACUAGGAGCAUCCGAUGAUGAUGUCCAAAAACUAGCAACCUGCUAUUUUUUUACUAUUGAAUUUGGUCUUUGCAAACAAGAUGGACAGCUACGAGCAUAUGGCGCAGGACUCCUAUCUUCUAUUGGAGAAUUGAAGCAUGCCUUGUCUGAUAAAGCUACUGUGAAAACGUUUGAUCCAAAGACAACUUGCUUGCAAGAAUGUAUUAUCACCACCUUUCAGGAUUUGUACUUUGUGUCAGAAAGCUUUGAUGAAGCCAAGGAAAAGAUGAGAGAGUUUGCAAAGUCAAUCAACCGGCCCUUCUCAGUGUACUUCAAUCCUUACACUCAGAGUAUUGACAUCUUAAAGGACACCAGGAGUAUUGAAAAUGUGGUGCAAGACUUGCGGAGCGACCUGAACACUGUCUGUGAUGCUUUAGCUAAAAUGAAUAAAUAUUUGGGGAUAUGAAAAAUAGAAAAAAGAAAUGUAAUAAUCUGUUAGACAGAUAAAGAUGUUUUCAUGCUCCUUCAGCAUGAAUACCUGGAUAUAUUCUCUGUUAUUUUUUAGCUGUAAUAUACCUAAAGAACUCAAGUAUUUUCUUAAACCAUGUAAAGUACCUCUAGUAGACUUACACUUAUGUUAGACUGGAACUAAACUAAAUACCACAAAAAACUACAGAAAGCAGAGAUCUAGGGUUCUUUAGACUUAUGGAAGUUCCUUGUAAGGAAGCCAUUAUUAGCUGUUCCUGUGCUUACCUUAAUGGUGGUCUAAAAAGUAGUCACCCCCACAUUAAAGGGGUACUCCGGUGGAAAACUUUUU